GUCUUUUAAAAUUCUCAGAAACCUUCCGAUCUCGCUCCCUCUCUUCUCUCAGAUCUCUCUCCCUUCGCAUGGAUCCCGCUUCUUCCAGAACUCAGCCCAACCAAAUCGUCUCUUCCGGGGAAAGAGCCGUCAUGGCGGAUAAUGUCGGCGGCGGCCACCACCAGGUUUCUCCCGGAGAUGAAAGGAUCGUCUCUUCUUCGUCUUCCUCCGUUGCUCCUCCUGAUCCCUACUCUUAUUACAACGUCCUUCAAAGCCCUACAAAUCUCUAUCAUCCUUACGAUUGGGAUGCUGUACAUUCUGGUUAUACACAAGGAUUCAAUAGUUGGGAUGGGUAUCCACAGUAUGCUGCUACUACCCCUGAAGGCAUGCAUGUCCCACAGGUUGUCUACGAUGGGAAUUCAUCUUUUAUGUACCACCAACCUGGUUUUGCUUUCAACCCUUACCCACCAUCCAUGAUGAUGGAGGGCCAAGUCCCAUUCUCCCCAGCGUAUUACCCGCAGUAUGGUGCACCUUCACCUAUGCAUUUCACUCAGUCAGAAAUUGGUGCUGACAAUUCCCGUUAUGACCCAACAUCUGCUUAUAUGGUUCCUUUUGCGGGAUAUGGUGGAGGCAGUUUAUCUGGUAAUCAAGGGGGUAACGCUUUAGCAUCCCCUAUACCUUAUCCUCAAACGAUGGGCAUACUUGGGCCUUACGACCAUAAUGCUUCUCAGCUACCGGUGCAUGGGAGUGGGGUUGCUUCAAGUUCUUCUGUGGGAGGAUAUUAUCAUGUAGGAUCUUACCAGACUCCAAAUGCUGGUGGGUCAUAUUAUGGAGCUGAUAAUUCAGUCAGGUCAGCCCCUGACAUAGGUAAACGGCGAGAGUACAGUUCUGUACCUACCACAAAUGAUCUGUAUGGCAAUCGAGGACCAAGAGCAUCCAGCAGGAUAGAGAGCAAGAACAGCUCCAGACUUUCCUCUUCUGCUGGUAAUUCAGCAAAUGGUUCAAGUACAGCUGGACCAAAUCCCAGUUUGUACAACAGUCCAGAAUUUGUGACGGAUUACAAGAAUGCCAAAUUCUUUAUCGUCAAGUCAUUUAGUGAAGACAAUGUUCACAGAAGCAUCAAGUAUAAUGUCUGGACCAGCACGCCGCAUGGCAACAAAAAAUUAGAUACUGCUUAUAGAGAUGCUGAGAAGAUGGGUGGAAAAUGUCCAAUCUUUCUGUUCUUUUCGGUAAAUGCAAGUGGACAAUUCUGUGGGGUGUCGGAAAUGGUCGGGCCUGUAGAUUUUGAAAAGGACGCUGGUUACUGGCAGCAAGACAGGUGGAGUGGCCAGUUCCCAGUGAAGUGGCAUAUUUUGAAAGAUGUACCGAAUAACCGGUUUUCUCAUAUUCUUUUACAAAACAAUGACAACAAGCCGGUAACGCACAGCCGAGACUCUCAGGAGGUGAAGCUGCGUCAGGGGAUUGAGAUGCUGAGAAUAUUCAAAGAAUAUGAGGCACACACAUCUAUCCUGGAUGAUUUCAGCUACUAUGAUGAGAGAGAGAGGCAAAAGGUGGGAGAGGAUGGUGGGAGGAAAGAAGACGGGGAAGAAGAGACCUCCUCUGCUGUGGAGCAGUUAUCAGAGCGUCUUCAAGCUGUCACAGUAGAAGAUGGAAAGGAAGGGGAAAAAGAAGACUUGAAAGAGAAGACUUGAUAUAACUGAUUGAUGCAGUAAUAUAAGUAGAAGCAUUCUUUUUGGUAAACAAGGUGGAAGGGGUUCUCUGUUUCUUUUCUUCUUCUUUUUUUGGGUGGGGGUGUAUACUGAAAUGUCAAAAAAAUUACAAAUCCAAUUCCUUGUAACUUUUGUAGCAUUAUGCUUUUUUCUA